AUGAGUAACCAAGAGGUUGAUGUUCUACAUUGCUGGAGAUGUAGAAAAUACAUAGCAAAUUCUGUCUGCCUUGCAAAAUGUCAUGGAAAAGAACCAUCUGAAAGAUCACAACCUUCAGCUGCUGCUCAGGCGUCUUGCAAUGUAUGGCAUGUGAACUUAGAAGCCAUUCCAGAGUGGGUGAAAUGUGUCAUUGAAAAGGCACAGUGGACAAUUGGAAAACUGCACUGUCCAUUCUGUGACGCCUGCUUAGGGGGCUUUAACUUUGUUUGCAACACAAAAUGUUCCUGUGGACAGUUAGUAAAUAUACAUUUCUUCAAAAGUCAGACUGACUAUCAGCCAGCUUUCUCUGUUAAAUUGGCAAAAUCAUCAGGAAAACACUUACCUCUCCUCAAAAUUAAGUCUGGUUUUAGCAAGGAUACCUGUCGUGAAGUGGUAACUGCAACCUUGGAAAUCAAAAAUCAAGGGCUUUCAUACAUGGCCAGAAAUAGAUUAACAGAAGCACUUUGUCUGGAAGUAACAGCUCCCAGAUUUGAGAUGAAAAGUAAAAAACUUCCCUUAAAGGCAUUAAAUCAAAAAAGAAUUAUUUCUGCUUCCUAUCCUGUGAGUGAUGCAUGCACUGUAAAACCUUUUCACAGAAGAUCACGUAGUUUGGAUUUAAAUAUCAGAGAGAGACUUGUUUUGUCACCCGCAUUCUAUGAAACUUGCGGUAUGGGAACAAUUUGCUGUGGCCAAAAUGAAAAUCCGCCUGUUUACCCACAAAGUGGCUUGCAGUUAGAGUCCAAUAGGAAAGAUGGUAGUUCUUUUCAGGACCUAUAUAGUUCCAGUGCUGACAAACUACAAAAAAGGUUUCGAGUUACUUCCUUCACUACAUUACUACAUAGAGAAACAGGAAGUGAGUGUGAUUUUGAAGCUACUGGACAAUCUUCUGGGAGUGCUAUUGCUGAUGGAUCACCUUUUGUGAUGAACCCUUCUUCACCUACAAGUGCUGUAGAAGAGGAACAGUACAUCACACCUGUUGGUCUUGUGCAGCCUACAAGUAUUUCCUUCAACCAAAAGCUGAAUAAGAGAGAAAGAAACAAGUUGAAAAGCUUGAGGAGAAAACAAAGAAGGCGAGAACGGUGGCUACAGAAGCAAACUGCAAAUGAUAACCUGCAUACAGAUGAUGAGCAUGAACUUAGAGGAGAUAAAGAAAGCUACCUCUGUGCAGUGUGCCUGGAUGUUUAUUUCAAUCCUUACAUGUGCUAUCCGUGCCACCAUAUCUUUUGUGAACCUUGCUUAAGGAUGCUUGCCAAAGACAAUCCAGCCAGCACUCCAUGUCCACUGUGUCGCACUACAAUUGCCAGAGUCUUUUUCCAAACAGAACUGAACAACUCUACCAAAUCUUUUUUCCCUAUGGAAUAUUUGAAGUUAAAAGAAAACUUUCAAAAAUCAAAUUUUGCAAAAUGGCCUCUACCAAGCUGCAAGAAAGCUUUCAGAGUUUUUGAAGGUUUUCGAAGACGCUCAGAUACUGUAACAAGAAGGCAUUUCCCACAUGCUGCUCACAGGAUGGACUACAUAGACUUUGAGGAUGAUAGCCGUGGAUGGCGGUUUGAUAUGGACAUGGUGAUAAUCUACAUUUAUUCAGUCAACUGGGUAAUAGGAUUUAUUGUGUUCUGUUUUCUUUGUUAUUUCUUUUUCCCUUUUUAGUCUGUAGUAAUCACAGUUAAGGAAAACAGCAGUCAUGAGAACCACAAUAAUGUGAAUAGAAAAAACUUGAAGAAGGCAAAAUGGUUGUUUGAUACUGCAUUUUUAUCAUUCAGAAUUG